AUGACGGAUGAUGACCAAAUAGAAAGCCGCUCUCCUACUCAAGAGCGUCGCGCCUCACUCGAGCGCUUGCGGGCUGUCGGUCAGACUUUCGCCGACGGAAUCGCUGCAGCCUUCCGUGAAAAAAGGCCAUCAAAGCCAUCUGUGGAUGAAGAGGCAGAGCUCAGGCCACAGCGCAACGCUGACGCCAUCCGUGUGGCGGUUUCAAAUCCUGUGCCGAGCGACGAAAUUUUUGCGAGCGCGGUCACGAGCCGCGAAGGUUCGCAGCGAAAGGAAAUGGAUAGGCUCCAGUCCAUGCUGGAGGCUUCCGAAGCACGCGGCGACGCACUUCAAGAAGAGACGGAACGCUUACGCUCAGAGAAUUCUUCGCUCAGCGCUACUGUCGACCGCUCUGCGCGACUGCUGGAUAACAUGCGCCUUGAUUACGACCGUUUGCGUGCAGAGAGUUUGGAACAGGCGGGAAAGGGCUCCAUGACUGUGGCGGAAGCGGCGCGUUUGCGAAGCCAAGUCGUCGACACAGAGAGAGCGCUUCGCCGUAUGACCGCACGUGCUGAUGACGCAGAUAAGAGGUUCGUCGAAGAGAGAAAAAAAGCGACGGCGCUUGAGAGGGUAUGUCUUGGGUUGCGGAGGCGUGUUGCUAUCGCAGAGGAAAAGGCACAGGAUAGCAAGAGGGUGCAGGAUGCUAUCUUGGCUCGCGAACUAGCGGAAGCGCAGCUUGCAGAAACGAAGGUAGAGGCGGAGAGAUGGCGGGCGCGGAGCUCUGCCGCAGAUGUAGCGAGGGAGAGAGCGGAGGCGGCGGAACGGUCUGAACGGGUACAAAGGGACAAGAUUUCGUCAUUGGAGAGGGAACUUGAAUCACGGGAAGCGCUUCUGAAGCAGAGCAUGCAUGAAAAGAAGAGGCUACUUCAGAACAUGGGCAUAUACGAGAAAGAGUUGGAGAAGAAGGAAAUGAGGCUCGCGAGACUGCGAUCUUAUAUCGAAGAGCAAAGGUAUCAACAGCGCCGGUCACGGCGACAUGUUAGCGCCGAUGAUAGGUUUGCCAGAGUGAUGGAGUCUGAUAAUGACACGGAACUAGGCACGGCAGCUUCGUUGAGUAUUGAAAAAGAUGAUACUGAAGAUAACGACCACGCGGUAAGUCACUCUGUAUACGUUCUUCCACACCAGGCACCUCGUUCCGGACUCAAUUUAUCCCAGCCACGUUUCUGA